UUAUGGAUGGAGGGGAUGACGGUAACCUUGUUAUCAAGAAGAGGUUUGUAUCUGAGGCAGAGAUAGAUGAACGGCGCAAAAGGAGACAAGAAGAAUGGGAAAAAGUUCGAAAACCUGAAGAUCCUGAAGAAUGCCCAGAGGAGGUUUAUGACCCUCGGUCUCUGUAUGAAAGGCUACAAGAACAGAAAGACAGGAAGCGGCAGGAGUAUGAAGAACAGUUCAAAUUCAAAAACAUGGUAAGAGGCUUAGACGAAGAUGAGACCAACUUCCUUGAUGAGGUUUCUCGGCAGCAAGAACUAAUAGAAAAACAGCGAAGAGAAGAAGAACUGAAAGAACUGAAGGAAUACAGAAGUAAUCUCAACAAGGUUGGAAUUUCUUCAGAAAACAAGAAGGAAGUGGAGAAGAAAGCUGUGAAACCCACAGAAACCAAGAACCAGUUCUCCCAGGCAAAGCUGCUGGCAGGAGCUGUGAAGCAUAAGAGUUCAGAGAGUGGAAAUGUGAAAAGACUGAAAUCAGACCCUGACCCAGAUGACAAGAAUCAAGAAGCCCCGUCCUGUGUGUCUCUGGGAAGCACCUCCCUGAGCAGUCCCUCCAUCCACUGCCCGUCCGCGGCUGUCUGUAUCGGCAUCCUCCCAGGCCUGGGCGCCUACUCUGCGAGCAGCGACUCUGAGUCCAGCUCAGACAGCGAAGGCACCAUCAACGCCACGGGCAAGACUGUCUCCUCCAUCUUCCGAACCAACACCUUCCUCGAGGCCCCCUAG